UUCACAUGAAAACAGAAAAAACAAUUAGAAAUCUUGGGAGGUACCAACAGGUGUAGUGUUACGAACAAUCUUCUUUCUGCAAGCAGCAGAACCUGAAAAAGUCCAUAUUUUAGGAAGGAUGGCAUCGAGUGCCUGGGGGAAUGUCUAGAUUGGGUGUUUCUGACACAAUACAUUCAGCUCUCAAGAAUGGAUGCAUAGCUGGUCUGAGAUGAAAUCAGUGUUCAGAAUAAGAUUUGCAUCUGCCGUUCAAUGAGGCCAAGGAAAACCGCUGGGGCUUUACAUCUAUCGGAAGGCGAUGUCGCUGACUUUUCAAGUGUACACUUCACGCGUGCUUACGGCCGCGAUGGCAGGAGUUGUUGAAAAAAAAGUGUUAGGCGAGAGCUGUGAGGGCUGGAAUGUUCCGAAUGACAUUCACCAGGUUCAAUGCCUUUGGAAACUUCUUGGUGUCAAAGCCAGGAAGUUCUCCUAUUUAGUGUCUGAUCCAGUCUUCUUAGUAUGACACUAAUUUGGAUUCUUUGCCGUGGCUUCCUCAAGUCUUGCACACUUCUUCUUUAAGGGAGUGUAACCGAAAGAGAGAUUUUGUUUGUGAUAGAGAAAGGGAGAGGGCGGGUGAAGAGUGAGAAAAAAGAGAAAGAAAAAUCAAUGACGAUUUGCUUUCUAUUCAAAUUAUUUCUGUACUGGCAUCUUCACCUCCAGUUUCUCUACUGUCGAGUAUGUCAAUUAAUGAAGUGUUUUCUAAGUUCAUUCCUGACAGUACUUCUCUUCUUGCCUCUCUAUCCGACAUCCUGGCUGUGGUCUAGCUGCGCACCUGCCCGAAUGCGAAGCUGUUUCUGCUUUCGCGGAGCCCGGAGGGCUGGAAGUCGUUCGUUUUGAUGAGGGAGUAGCACCCGGUGAGGCCAUGUUUGCUGGGAUAUAUUCAGCUGCCACGCAGCUCGAAAGCAGCCAGCGCGCGCCGGCACGUGCGCGCCGGACCGGCAGUUCUUCAAUCUGUCCUCCCUGUCUUUGAUCAUGCCAAGUAGCCCCAUCAUCACCAUCAUCAUCCGUUGAGUAGCCAGGCAGCCACCGCUUAGAGUUUAGUCGCAGUGGCCGAGAAUUGGCCUUGAUCAGCGGAUUCUCUUGCUGGAACAAUCACUACACCUGGCUGUAAAAGUUUCAGUGUUUAAGGCGCAGAGAAUACAUGAUCGAUUCGAGAGAUAAAAGUUUGACCAAUGUCGUCUAACUUUCACAGACUCCAAGAAUUCCAGAUGAAAACAACGAGGCCUCUGCUUGGUCGGCAACGCUUUGUCUUACAAAUGUUUCUGUGUGGUGUGGUGUAGAAUUACUCUUGCAUUACAAUGCAACGUGCACAUUACGUCAGGUGAGUGUCACUGUACGUCGUGCACAUUACAUGAAUUCUUUACAAACCGUAAGCUGCGCGUUACUGGCCACCCAACUUCCAUGCCUGGUAACUUCAAUUGACUUACUAACACACUGGGAUUUAUUUCUGGAUUGGUUGUCUUCGCGUGAGCAGAUUAAACUUCGACUGUGCGCUGGGUUUAAAUACACCUUAGUGUAGGUGAGCACACGAGACAAAGUUGACCUAAGAGUUUACACAGGCGUUUUGUUCAGCUAGGACACACCUUCCGGAGCUUCUGUGGUCAUGCAAUGGGCACUCUGUCCAGUUCCCUCUUGUCCUGCGUGGACUCCAAGCGCUGCCGGGAGGACCAGCUGGGACGCUACUUGUCACCCGCAGAGGUGCAGAUGGUGCAGCAGACCUGGAGGGUGUUGAGCAAGGACCUGGCGGGGCUGGGGGUCGCCGUCUUCAUCAAUUUCUUUGAGACUGAGCCGGACUUGAAGAUGAUGUUCCCGAAGAUCGUGCGGCUGAACGAGGUGUCGCAGCUGGAGUGGUACGUGGACCGCGACAUGCUGCAGCGCCACGCCGUGACGGUGAUGGAGGGCCUGGGCGCCGCCGUGGAGAGUCUGGAGGACUCGCAGUUCCUCAACAGCGUCCUCAUGGCGCUGGGACAAACGCAUGCCAAGCGGAACAUGAAGCCCACGAUGCUUAAGAGGCUGUGGCCUUCUCUAGACGUCGGCCUGAAGACGAUGCUUGGGGAGCGCUACACACCGGAAGUGACCGAAGCCUGGAGGAAGUUGUACAACUACAUUUGCUUGCAGAUGCGCAGAGGCAUGGAGAACCCUGACCUUCCGGUCAACAUCAGCGACGAAUGCCUGGCUUCGUGAUGACCUCACUGUACUCGCACUGGGUUCCAGAAUGGUCGCGCUCUUAAAGUAACGGAAAUAAUUUUCAUUGGCCGCUUCUGUCUGAAUGGGAAACAUUGUUGUCUGCUGUUUGACUGUGUGUGUGUGUGAUUGCUUGUCUAUUAUUCGGCAAGGGACGAAUUAAACAGCCGAAAUUCUGAUGCUGCAGUCGUCACGAUUCAAUCUGUUCGUCGUGUGACUACCAGUCUGAAGUACUCCUGCACUACCCCGCAAUGUUUCACUCAGCAUUGUACUCGGUUAUUUGCUUCCAUUGUCUGCAGUUACCAUAGAGUGCACACAGCAGACGUAGCAGCACCAAUGGUGGGGACACUGUCUAGUGUUAGUAGCUAGGGGCCUUCUUAACUGGACAAAUGUCUGCGAGUAUUUAACCAAGUUGGGCAAAGAUGUAGGUAAAAGCCAUAGGAAACUAAUGGUCAGAGAACAGGUUCCGGACAUUGGACUGGUCUAGAAACUGAACUAAUGCUUGCUAGUACAUUUACCAAUACAAAAGCACUUUGGGGUAUUAGGAGGUCGUGUGCUUCGGCACUUUGCCCUGUUAAGAACGGCUUUUGGGGAAACGACAGGCAGUUCUGUUGUAACGAUGUAGUGGGAGUCUGUCAAAGUAAGUAAUUUUUUUUUCAAGAGGGGAAAUUGACGUGUGAAACAAAUGGUUGCCGGAUCGACCCCUGUCUUAGUUUAAUUUAACCAUUUAUUUGAGAAUGGGGUGUAAAUGAAGAUACUAAGGGUUAGGUUACGGAAUGCCCUAGAGUGAGUACUGUGUUCAUCCAAAGGAGCGCGAAAAUAGGAGUAUUGUCAGGACUUCGAAGUUUCCAUCGCCGAAUCAGGAAGUUGUAUUACCGGACUGCUUGCAGACGCUUUUUUUCCAGUUAACUACUAAUAUGAGGCUGGUGUAUACAAAACUUCCGGUUUAGUCACAUUCAUUGUUUAAAUUCUCCGAGAACUUCACAAGAAGCUAAGCUUUGGUCUCGGCAGACAGACAGCAGUCCACCAUACAUGACCGUGGUCGAACGAGAAGCACUCUUGAGCUGAGGACUCUGAAUCGAGCCUUGUUAAAUGUGUACAAUGUUUUGACAAUAAUUAUAAGAAUGUAUCAAUGUAUUUAUAGGUAAAAACUUUUGAUAACUUUGAUGGUGCACGUACAUAUUUCUUAUUGUGUAAAUUGUUGAGUGUAACUCCCAUGCUUGUUUAAUUAUUGUAAUAAGUAAGGAAUGAGGGUAGAAAAGUUUUGAACACCGGAAGAAAAAUAUAUAUUUAAAAGUUACGCACAGGUUACAGGUUUCAAACAGGAGAGAACUUGAACUGCUUUCAUACGACUCCUUGAGGAGUAUACUCAAUGUGUUUUCACUGGUCCGAGCGUCCCACGUGUCGGGCAUUGAAACUACGAAGUCUGCCCGGCCACUACGUUUGUUGCGGCUUCAACCAUCAACCAUCACUUGUUUCCCUGGACAAUCUAGAGCUGGAGACUUUGCUUGUGGUAACCUUGUUCAUUGGUCUAUUGAAUUUUAAAGGGAUCUCGCUGUCUCGUGUUGGCUCCCGAAUUAUAUCUACAAUGGGAGUUGCUCACCAUCCAUAACCUUAUUUACCGACUGUCAGCUGUGUAGUUGUCCUAGUUGUCCUCGCACUUCAUUGUAUUGAAGUCUUCUGCCUGCUGGCUCUCUACAACUAUGAAGUGUGGUGUUAGAGGCUGUGCCAUGUGUUCUACACCUUCGACUCUAUUAGUAACCAAGGGAAGUCACAGACAGAAGUACUGUGAGUAUAUCUCUAACUCAUUUGUUGACUUACACUCAGUCCAGGACCUGGCCCACGCAUGUUCUGUAUUACCUGACCAAAGACUCAAAGAAGAUGUCACAAGAACUGUUUAGGAGUGACUUAAUUAAUGACAGGUGGUACUUUGAUGCAUUGGAUGGUUAUUAGCGGAACAGGUCUGAUUGGAUUCAGCUUGGUAUGUGGUUUAAGGAUUUUGGGUUGCUUGUGGGUAAUAAAUUCAUUAGAUUAUCAGUAACCUCUGUUUUACCCUGUGAGUAUAAACCACGUCAGAUUUAUAUUUAUGUUAAAUGUUUAUCACCCACCUAUUCCACACCUGGCUGUGAUCAUUUUGUUGGUUCAUCUACGGCAUUGGCUCAUAGCUAAAAGUUGUUAUUUGUUGUCUCGUGAAAACCCUUUGAUCAGGCCGCCAAUACAAGGACCUGG